AUGGUUAUCCAGCAGGACUGGCAGGUUGCUUCRGUUUGGGGUGGACCGCAAUUCCAGUUCGCUGCUAUUGACCCGGUUGGUCACUCGUCAGGUUUGAUUACGAUCUGGAAUGACAGUUUGUUCCAGGCUCAAUGCGUGGAAAAAAAGGAGGGUUUUAUUGCGGUUAUGGGUUCGUGGCUUGCCUCGAAGUUAACGAUGGGGGUGAUAAAUGUCUAUGCACCACAAGAUUCCAAAAGGAAAAGACUACUUUGGACGGAAUUGCUAGGAACGUUAAAGAAGUAUUCUGGUGUUGCUUGGGUUAUAUGUGGGGAUUUCAAUGAAGUUCGAACAGCUGACGAACGGAAGGGAUCUAAUUUUGAUCCAAUGGGGGAAAAGUUCUUUAAUGACUUAAUUACUUCAGCAGGACUCUCAGAUAUUCCUCUUGGUGGGCGCAAAUAUACUUGGAUGAACCGUGAAUGCUCCAAGCUCAGUAAGUUGGAUCGGUUCCUGGUAAACAUGGAGUUUGUCAAUGCUUGGCCGAUGGUGAACUCAAUGGCUCUGCCUAGAGUUUUUUCAGAUCAUUGCCCGAUCAUCUUGGACUCGAGGAGUAAUGAAGGUGGUCCUACUCCGUUCAAAAUUUUUAACUCGUGGCUUUCAGAUCAAGAGUUGGCAGCAUUGGUCGAAGAUUGUUGGGACAAGCCUUGA